AUGGAACAAGCCCAGACAAAACCCCAACCCAAACCAUUCAAAGAUUGGCCCAACGAUGCCGCGUUUGAGACGACGGCCGAGCAACGCGAGCCCAUCGAACUGCCCGUCGUUGGGUCCUUUCCUCCGCAUGUCGCGGGAGUCCUGUACCGGACUGGACCGGCUAGCUACAAAGUCCCCGGAUCGAACUAUCAGCUCCACCACUGGUUCGACGGCUUUACGCAGCUGCAUCGUUUCCAACUCGUGCCCCAGCCAAGCGGGUCGUGCAAGGUGCUCUACAACUCCCGCCGUCAGGUCGAUGCGCUGAUCGAGGAGGUGCGCAAGACGGGCACACUGCGCGGCAUGACAUUCGGGCAGAAGCGAGACCCUUGUGCAAACUUCUUCCAAAAAGUCAAAGCCGUCUUUGAGACCCAUUUUGAAAUCACAAACCCGGAGAUGGUGAAUGUGGGAGUCACGGUGCAUGCCAAUGUAAGUGGAUCUUUCCCUCGAAUGCUCAUUCCCUCUAGGCAACACGGUCAAGGAGGGUUCUCAAGUCUAACCACUCUGACCGACGCGAAUCUGAUCAAGCACAUCGAUCCCGAGACUCUCGAGCCGCUAGGAGUAACGCGACAGGAAGGCCUGCACCCCGAGCUCAAAGGUCCACUGUCGAGCGCGCAUGCUGAGCUCGACCCCAUCACAGGUGACCUGUAUAACUACAAUCUCGCCUUCGGCCGCCACGCAACGUACCGCGUAUUCCGGACGUCAGCCGCCACCGGCAACACCGAGAUCCUAGCCACCAUCACCGGCCCCGGCGUUCAAGCUGCCUACCUGCACUCCUUCUUACUGAGCCGGGACUAUGUGAUCCUGUGUCUCUGGCCGGCACUGUUCGUGGCCGGGGGCGUCAAAGUCCUGUGGGAACGCAACCUGCUCGACGCCAUGCGCUUCGACCCUGAGACAUCCACGCGCUGGUACGUUGUUGAUCGUAAGGGCGGGCGCGGGGUCGUGGCCACCUUCGCCAGUCCGGCGUUCUUCAGCUUCCAUACCAUCAACGCCUGGCAGACGGACGAUCCUGAUAGAGAAGGAGAGGGACUCCACGACGGGACCACAGACAUCAUUUGUGAUCUCAUCCAAUACCCCAACGACGAAAUGCUGCAUCGCGUCUACUACGAGUCCUUAGUCUCGACGGGUCUAAAGGUCGAGAAGUACUAUGGUAGUGACCGCUCGCGCCCUCGCUUCGUUCGCUAUCGUCUUUCCGGGAUUCCGUCGACAGGUUACCGUCAGAAUGCUCGCAAAGGAAAUGGAAAGAAAGACCAUCCCGAUGCCACCUGGCCCCUGGCGACGACAGAAUUGACUAUUGCCUCUGAUGCAGUGGGCGAUCUCCCCACGAUCAAUCCCAAAUUCACGGGCCGAAGAACGCGAUUCGUGUACAAUCUCUGCACGCAGGGGAAGGUAUGUCUCUGUCUUCUUUUGCCAUGUGUGGCACUCACUUAG